AUGCAGACCAGGGAGGUCAAGUCGAAAGACAAGUUGAACUUGUACACUAUCGGCUUGCUCGCUUUUAUUGGGCUCGGAUCUUUGACUUUUGGUUACCCUGCUGCGGUCAUAGGGACUUUACUUGGUCAACCGUCAUUUUUGGAAUAUUUUGAACUGGACACACGCCAUAAUGGAACAGACCUUAUAUCCACCAUGAACGGUAUUUUUCAAACAGGAGGAUUUAUAGGGACUCUCAUUUUGCCCUGGGUAGCCGACAAAUGGGGUAGGCGUUGGGCACUUGCCGUUCCUGCCGUCCUUGUUUUCGUAUCCGGAGCCGUGAUGGCUGGGAGCACCAACGUCGGGGAAUUUAUAGUAUUUCGAUUCUUCAGCGGUGCUGGCUCGUGGAUGUCGAUCGCUGCUGCCCCGCUUUUGAUGAGCGAACUCGUCCCCGUCAAUCUGCGAGGUGGACUCGUGGAGAUCCACGGGAUCUUCUUCCAGAUUGGCUACAUGUCGUCUGGCUGGAUCGGAUUUGGCACCUUUUUCUGGCACAACAAUGGAAACAACUGGCGCCUACCGGUGGCUGUCCAAUGGCUUGUUAUGCAAAAUCGAGACGAAGAGGCCAAGCGUGUGCUCGAGAAGGUGCACUCGCACUCUGACGAUGGACAUGAUAAAGCCCAUGCAGAGUUGUAUCAGAUCCAGAGACAGGUCGCCAUCGAUCGAGAGUUGAACUGCACUUGGAGACAACUGUUCCGCAAACCCUCGUACAGAAAAAGGGCUCUUCUGGCAAUCGGAACUACGGCCAUUGUCCAGUUUGCCGGCGUGUUGGUCAUUAACAACUACGGCCCGGUCAUCUACAAGCUUCUGGGCUACGGACCCGAAAAGCAGCUCCUGUUCCCAGUCAUCUGGCUAACCGUCGGAUUCUGCCUCUUCCUGGUUGCGCCCGGCCUGAUCGAUCUAUUCCCCAGAAACAUCCUGCUGGGCGGUGGCAUCAUCGGUUGCUCUGUCAUGUUGAGCAUCAUCUCUGCUCUGAUUGCCAACUUCGUCCCUUCAAACAACACCGCUGCUCUCAAGGCGACUGUUGCGUGCUUCUAUCUAUAUCAGCCAUUCUAUGUUGUGGGCCUCGAUGGCACUCAAUUUACUUUCCUCGGCGAGAUUUUCCCAACGCAUCUUCGCGCGAAAGGCGUCUGCCUUGGUAGUGCCGUGAUCGCACUGAUGAAUAUCAUCUGGCUUCAGUCUGCCCCAACAGCAUUAGCGAACAUUGGUUGGAAAUAUUUCCUGGUCUUCAUUAUCGGUGGAUUCAUAGGGGGUAUCUUAAUCCUGCUGUACUGGCCCGACACAAGGAACAUGCCCCUGGAAGAAGUUGCUGCAAUCUUUGGUGACGAAGACGAGGUUGCGGUCUAUCAAUACGAGCUCGAGAUCGACCCCACAACCCAUGCCGUCAAAGAUCAUCACCUCGAAGGUAAAGUACGUCAGGCGCAGCAAGUCGAGGGCGAGAGGAAAGAUGGUCAGGUGGAAGUGAUGCCAGACACUUGA